GAGAGAGAGCAAUACCAAAACACACAGAGCAAUAGACGGAAGGGCAGGGCAGGACUAGAAAGAGAGAGAGAAAAAGAGGUAGAGAACGAUGUGAGCCGAGGAAGUAGGAGUGUCUUGGGUUACAGGAGUGUUAAGGCGGUUGGGUUUGUUGGCGAGGAUCGUAGCUGGGGAUCUAUUUUUCCUCAGUGUGUCUGUAUCCCUCCCUGCCGUGGACCCCAGGAGAGGUACGGGUUGGUGGGACAGGGGCGUGGGGUAGCAUGGGACAGAAUGCAAGCAACGCUGAGACAGUGCCCCAGCAACACCAACCGCAACCUGCUCAACACAGCACCGAUGAUGAGGUGGACUUGCAGCAGAGUACGACAGGGAGCGAGGGGGGGAACUCAUCAGGCGGAACCCCUCCCUCCAAACGCAAGGGCAAGUUCUCCAGCUUCGGCAAUAUGUUCAAGCCCUGGAAGUGGAGGAAGAAGAAGAGCAGUGAGACGUUUCUGGAAACCUCAAUAGUGUUGGAGAGGAAGAUCUCAGUAAGGAGACCUCGUCAGGAGCUGAUCGACAGAGGAGUGCUGAAAGAACUCCCAGAGAAUGAGGGCAACGAUGUGAACCAUUCCAAAGGUCCGGUGGUGAAGAAUGGCCAGCCAGUACCUAUGGAUGUUGACCAGGUCUCAAAGUCAGGGAUCAAGAUGUCCCGGGGGGAGGCAGGCCCAGGGCUCAACCCCACCUGGCUACCCCAGGGAGAGGACCCACGGCGGGGCAGCGUCCCUUCAGACGACCCCCGGAGCAGGAGCCGGGUGCCCUCUGACGCCUCGCGCUCCAACCGAGCCCCACUGGACGUAGACUCACAUGCCAGGCUAUCGGCCAUAGAUCUGGAGAGACGGAGUAGAGUGCCGUCUGACGUGUCACAGAGGAGAGGAGGGUCACUACCGAGGGGACCUGCUCCGGAGGAGGGGAGGCAACGGAAAGAGGAUAAAGAGGACAAGAGAGAGGAGAGGAGAGACGGGAAAGAGGACAAGCGAGAGGAGAGGAGAGACGGGAAAGAGGACAAGCGAGAGGAGAGGAGAGACGGGAAAGAGGACAAGCGAGAGGAGAGGAGAGACGGGAAAGAGGACAAGCGAGAGGAGAGGAGAGACGGGAAAGAGGACAAGCGAGAGGAGAGGAGAGACGGGAAGGAGGACAAGAGAGAGGAGAGGAGAGACGGGAAGGAGGACAAGAGAGAGGAGAGGAGAAACGGGAAGGAGGACAAGAGAGAGGAGAGGAGAGACGGGAAGGAGGACAAGAGAGAGGAGAGGAGAGACGGGAAGGAGGACAAGAGAGAGGAGAGGAGAAACGGGAAAGAGGACAAGAGAGAGGAGAGGAGAGAUCCUCGUGAUGAGAGGGAGGAGAGAGAAAGAAAGGAUCGGUGGGAGAGGGAGGUGAGAGACAGGGAAGAUCGGCGGGAGAGGGAGGAAAGCGACAACAGGGAAAAGAGAGACCGGAGAGAGGAGAGGGAAAGGAGGGACAGAGAUGAUCGAGAGGGGGAGAAGGAGGACAAGGAGAAGAGAGGAGAAAAAUAUGACAGAAGAGAGGGAAACGAGAGAAGAGAUGAUCGUGAGAAAAGAGACGACAGGAGAGACGUGAAGAGAGAUGAUCGAGAGAAGAGGGAUGACAGGAGAGAUGACCGGGAAAGAAAAGACGACCGGUACAAGAUAAUAAUUUGUGAAAAGUCAGACGAAAGGAGAGAUGAUCGUGAUCGCAGAGAUGAUGGGGAAAAAAGAGGGGAGGAGAGGGAUAGGAGGAGGAGUCCUCCUAGGGCUGCUAAACCAGAGACCCUCUUGAGACCUAUAGAAGAGGGUCAUCCUGUGGUCAGACUUCACUCUGAGAUGGAGCUAAGGCAGAGUCUCCAGAAGACCUCCUCAGAGGACCUCCGUAGCAGGGUCCGCCCUGCCUCUGAGGCUUACCGCGGGAGCACCCUGCCCAGGUACAUGCCAUCUGAGGAGACCAAAGUAGGGGAGACCCGCGGACGAGCAGAGUCCACUGGUGUCCGCUUCGCCCCUGGCCACACCCCAGAUCCUGACUCCACCCGUGACUCCUCCCGUAGAGAGCCGCCUCCUACCAAACAGGCCAUGCUCCCUCCUAAGAGCCACCCCACUAUCACCACCUCCACGGAGCCUGUCCAGACCUCCACCCCACCCUCCUCCUCUAUCUCCCCUGCUGUAGCGGUGGCCAAGCCCACCAGGACUGUCUCCCUGGUCAUCAGUGAUGACCCUCCUCCCACCCACUCCAACCCUAUCCCCCCCUGUACGGUCCAUCCAGGUACCCCCCUCCUCCACCACGGGGGGAAUCGGCCACUCCUCCCCCCGUACCCCCCCAUGCCAAGCAGCCACCUGUACCCCCACCCAAACCCACCAACCGCAACAGCAACCCUGCUCUGCUUGGUGAGUUUACCCUGCCUCUGCUUGGCCAGAGACCUCGGGCCCUCUGGUUCUGUCCCUGUCCCAGUCCCCAUACCUACUGUCUCCGUACCCCCCAGCACAGACCGAGACGACACCAGGGACACCCUCAGGGCAGUAGGAUUCCAACUACCCACCUCUGACCCUGCACCAGCACCCCGACCUCUGUCCCAUAUACCCACGUCCACUCCCAGUUCCCACCCCCACUUACCGCUCCCCAACCCUGCCUCCGCCCCCCUCCCGGACCCACUCCCCUUCCCUCAGAAGGACCCUCCCAGCCCCACCACAGAGCCGCCCAGCCACCCCCCAGCCUCAGUCCCAGCCAUCCCCCUUCACAUCCUGAUCCAGCGGGCCCUGUGCUCCCCCAGCCCGGCUCAGGCUAACCCAGAUGGGUCCCAGAGAGCCCACUCCAUGCUGUUUGAGUCCCCCCCAGAGUUCCUCACUGAGCCUGGAGGCCGACGCUCCCUACCCGUCACCAUAGAACCCCUCAGACUACCUGAGGAUGAUGACUUUGACAUUGAGGAGGAGUUGGAGAAGCUUCAUCCCAGACGGAUGCUGCCCCCCAGGCAGCCUGAGCUGGAGCCCAGGAGCAGGAGGGGUCUGGUGGUUGAUCCCAGGGUCAGUGUAAUCCCAGAGGGCCGGGGGCCCGGAGACAGCAGUGAGGAGGAUGAGGAGACAGACUCUGACGGGCCCAUCCUCUACAGAGAUGACGAUGAAGACGAGGACGAUGAUCCGCCAAGUGCCUUGGCCAGCCGUGUGACAAGGAAGGACACCUUGGCUUUGAAGCUGGAGAGACAGCAGGAGAGAGAUGAGCGGGAGGGAGGACCGGUACAAGACGGAGUCGGCUUGCAGAGCAGGGAGCAGUGGGAGGCACUCAAGAACAAGAUCGGUACCACGCUCAACAGGAGGUUGAGUCAGAGACCCACAGCAGAGGAGUUGGAGCAGAGAAACAUCCUUCCAGCCAGGAACGAAGCUGAUAUCAGGGCAGAGCGGAGCGAGAUCAAACGCAGACUCACCAGAAAGCUGUCCCAGAGGCCCACCAUAGCAGAGCUUCAGGCCAGGAAGAUCCUGCGUUUCCAUGAGUAUGUAGAGUGUACCACGACUCAAGACUACGACCGCCGUGCAGACAAACCUUGGACCAAGCUCACUCCCUCCGACAAGGCUGCCAUCCGCAAGGAACUGAACGAGUUCAAGAGCUCUGAGAUGGAGGUUCACGAAGAGAGCAGGAUCUACACCAGAUUCCAUCGGCCUUAGCUGUUCUCCCUGGCCCGGCUGCAGAACAAGCACUUAAAUGCAAUACUGAGCCGGGGGGUUGCAGGACUGCAAUACGGUGCACACAGACCCCUGGUGACUGCAAUUUCCACAGCCCCCUAUCCUGGCACAAGCCUGUUCCUCUCCUGUAAGGAACACUAUUGAUGGCUACAUCUGAAACCAUGGACUAGAGGUAAAGCCUGUCUAACCAUGGACUAGAGGUAAAGCCUGUCUAACCAUGGACUAGAGGUAUAGCCUGUCUAACCAUGGACUAGAGGUAUAGCCUGUCUAACCAUGGACUAGAGGUAUAGCCUGUCUAACCAUGGACUAGAUGUAUAGCCUGUCUAACCAUGGACUAUGGAUAUGGCCCCUCAGUCCAUCCAGUCAUUGUUAAAACAAGGGACUAUGGAUGUGGCCCCUCAGUCUAUCCAGUCAUUGUUAAAACCACAGACUAGAAGUGUGGCCGAUAGAUAAACGACUUGCAUCUAAAACCAUGGACUAGGGAUUUGGCCUCUUGGCCAAACCACUUACUGUUAAAACCAUGGACUAGAGGUGACCUCCAUCGGUCCAACCCCUUGCAUAUGAAUCCAUGGGACUACUGGUACUACUGUACUCCAGCGUUGAUCUGCCUGACCAGACAACCCACAGGGAGAGCUGGAGAAGAACUAGCUGGACGAGGUGUAGUGGUUUAGGCCUAUUUCAGCUGCCAUUUUGUAGGUUCCCUGUGCCAACACUGACUAUCAGAAUAGGAAGGACAAGAGGAACAGACGGCGAUUGUGACAAAGGAUGUCCUGUUUUGUUCCUCACAUCCAUUCUCUGUCGUUCCCUAAAGCGAGAAUGUUCCCAAGAUGCCUUUACUGUACCUGGUUUUUAGAGUUCCUUCAACACUUUGCCCUAUUUUUAUUUGAGAACAGAAAAUAAUUGAAUACGUAUUGAUUGUUGAUCAUGACGAUGGUCAACAUUAGUACACGGUAGUAUUAAUGAUUUAAUGUUCAACUAAAUGUGAUGCAGAACUUUGUUAGACUACAUGACGCUGGUGAACCCCUCCAACGUGUGUUUAUGGGUACCCAAUGGUACCAACCUUAUCUCUAAUGGGACAACACAUGGAGUGGUACGGAAACUGUACGGAGUAAAUGUGAAAUCGCUAUAGCUAGCCUACAUGUCGGUGAUGGGUUUAGUUGUCCAACCACAAGACAUUAGUUAAAUUGAAACUCAAAUGUGGUGUCUGCUAGUCAGCUAUCUAGCUGUGUUACAUAGACCUUAUUCAGCGUCGCACCAUUUUCCCCAUACACAAUGAUGUGCAUUUUAACUGUGUUCUGUUGAUUAUCUAAGUGAUUUUGUGACAGCCCAUAAUAUAAGCUGACUAAUCGUUUGUUCAGCGUAGUAAUAAGGAACCAUAUUGUUAAUGGACAUUUAAAGUAAAACAAAUAAGGAAGUUGUACAAUUUGAAACGUUAGAACUAAUAUAAUUUAAGACAAAACCUAAAGCUUACAUACACUAUAAUUAUUUAACGGUUAGUGUUGAAAGACUGCGGCAGGAACAUGGAUAUAUUUUUACUUCACAAAUUGUUUUAUGUUACUUUGUGUAUGUAGGCCAUUGGUUGGCCUCAGCUGUAUAGACUUAUCCUGUAGAUUGAUUUAAUUGACUUUAUAUUAUGUCUUCCUAAUGUUAACACAAAAUUGUUUUUAAAUGUAAUUAAAGAGUUACAACAGUGCUAUUUUCUAAUAAUGUUACAGAAAUUGGUACCGAAAGAGGGUUCCCUUAUUUUACAGAUGUUUUGUUUUUUAUAAAGAUAUCUUUAAAAUGAUUUGCAAAGCUACUGUAUAAAUGAAUGGUCAACUCGCACUCAAAUUAAAAUAAAUGGUUUACCAUCCUAAA